GGAGCGGUAUUUGAAUGGAGAUCCCGUUGUCAUAAUCUGCACGGCAAAGCAUUUGGGAAUAACAUAUCACUCAGUAGUGUUUGUAGCGGCGUAUUAUACCUGUGCAGAAGUUAUUUUUAAAGGACGAAUUUCCAAGGAUGUCUUUGGCAGUACGCGGAAUUAACCGAAAUGCAGAAAACGCAGCCCCGAUGGGCAAGGCCAUCACAGACGGGACGAGGAGGCCUGUGCUUGGCGAAAUUUCCAACUUCGCCAAUAAAGCGGUACAAGUCAAGAAAAACACGACCUUGAAGGCUCAGGCCGUGAAGACCGCAAAGCCAGCGUCGCAGCAGCAGGCACUGCCGACGGCUGCGCUGCACAAGCGCGCUCCAGUCCUACCCGUGAUCGCUGACCCACCACAAGUUGUUUCGGUUUCCAACGAUGUGGCCAUUAAGGAGGAGGAGUUGUGCCAGGCCUUUUCCGAUGCACUUUUAGCCGUAGAAGACAUCGAUGAAGGCGAUGCUGAUAUGCCUCAGUUGUGCUCCGAAUACGUGAAGGAUAUCUACGUGUAUCUUCGGAACCUCGAGGUCCAGCAGUGUGUUCGGCCUAGGUACAUGCAGGGCUACGAGAUCAACGAGCGUAUGCGCGCACUCCUGGUGGACUGGCUAAUCCAGGUGCACUCCAGGUUCCAGCUGCUGCAGGAAACCCUGUACAUGACCGUUGCCAUCUUGGAUCGCUUCCUCCAGGUGCAGCCGGUUUCCCGGCGGAAGCUGCAGCUGGUCGGCGUGACCGCCAUGCUCAUCGCUUCCAAGUACGAGGAAAUGUACGCCCCGGAGGUCGGGGACUUCGUCUACAUCACAGACAACGCCUUCACCAAAGCUCAGAUCCGCGAGAUGGAGAUGCUUAUACUGCGGGACCUCAACUUCCAGCUGGGUCGCCCUCUGCCCCUCCACUUCCUCAGAAGGGCCUCCAAGGCUGGCAGUGCUGAUGCAGAGAAACACACGCUGGCCAAGUACCUGAUGGAGCUGACCCUAAUGGACUACGAUAUGCUGCAUUACCACCCCUCUGAAAUUGCCGCUGCUGCCCUCUGUCUCUCCCAGCUGGUGCUAGAUGGACAAAAAUGGUCUGCAACACAGCAACAUUACUCCACCUACAAUGAGGACCACCUCAAGCCCAUCAUGCAACACAUGGCCAAAAAUGUGGUCCGGGUCAACGAGGGACUGACGAAGCACAUGGCCAUCAAGAACAAGUACGCCAGUAGCAGGCUGAUGAGGAUCAGUCUCCUCCCUCAACUCAAGGCCGCAGUCAUCAAGGAUCUGGCUGCUCCCCUGCUCCCUCAGUCCUGAGGCCCAGCAGCUGGUCCUGCUCCUCACCCUUGCACUUUAUUUUUAAUAUGGAUUUUAAACUUUUUUCAACCUGUGUGGUGGCCUGCUUUUAUUUUUAUUUUUUUUUGGCCUUCAUGUAAAUAUUCUCAAAUGUUUGUAGAAAUAAACAAGGUUUUUUAAAUAGUUCUUUGCAUGUUUCAAUGUGGCUUUACAAUGCAAGUCUCUGCAGUUUUCAAUGCUGUUCAUGUGUAAAUGUAUUUUAAAUUUAGAAUUGUUCAUUGCUAUGCCUUGUUCAAUCAAGUUAGGUGCACUACUGUUCUGUUGUAAAUAUUUUUUUUCCCCUUUAACUUUGGUGUCCUGUGUUGCAAUGGAACUUUAUUAAAAUCCAAAGAGAACUUUG